GCCUGACGUCAUAUUGGAGACUGAAUCAUUUUGCAGCGGUGCAGUAAACGGUGCAAUGGCAUUAACGCAAGUUUCCUCUAAUAAGUGCUGCGAUGGCUAUCAGAAAGUGUUCGAGCAUGACAGCUCCGAGUUAAAAUGCAAAAUGAAGUUUGCCAUUUACCUUCCUCCCAAGGCUGAGAGCUCCAAAUGUCCAGUGUUAUAUUGGCUUUCAGGUCUGACAUGCACAGAGCAAAACUUCAUCACUAAAGCAGGAAGUCAGCAGGCGGCCUCUGAGCAUGGAAUCAUCAUUGUAGCUCCAGACACCAGUCCACGUGGCUGCAAUAUUGAAGGAGAGGAUGAGAGCUGGGACUUCGGAACAGGUGCAGGGUUCUAUGUUAAUGCCACCCAGGAGCCCUGGAAGACCAACUACCGCAUGUACUCGUAUGUCACUGAAGAGCUCCCACGGCUUAUAAAUUCUAACUUUCCUGCUGAUCCGGAGAAAAUGUCCAUCUCUGGUCACUCCAUGGGGGGCCAUGGAGCACUUAUUUGUGCCCUUAAGAAUCCUGGGAAAUAUAAGGCAGUUUCAGCGUUUGCCCCCAUUUGUAACCCCAUACAAUGUGCAUGGGGACAGAAAGCUUUUUCUGGCUAUCUUGGAACUGACAAGUCAACUUGGGAGGCAUAUGAUGCUACUGUAUUGGCUGAAUCGUACUCCGGUCCAGAGCUUGAUAUUCUGAUUGAUCAAGGCCGUGAUGACCAGUUCUUGUCUUCCAGUCAGCUGCUUCCUGACAAUCUGAUUGCUGCCUGUUCCAAGAAGAAAAUUCCAGUAGUUUUCCGUCUUCAGCAGGGUUACGAUCACAGCUAUUAUUUCAUCUUCUCCUUCAUCAACGACCACAUCAAGCAUCACGCCAAAUAUCUGAAUGCCUGAAAACUGUGCCACAGCUGGGUUAUGGUAACCAGCCCUUGUGCCUUUCAGAUCAUUACAUAGCUUACCUAAACACUGUUUUGGCAUCCCUAAAAUCCUAGUGCAACCCUCCUGUAUUUCCUUCUGUCUCUUUCCUAUAAUAAAGGCUUUUGGUGAGAUUUUGCAUUUGUUGUUCU